CAGUGCAGUGCAGUACAGUGCAGUGCAGUACAGUACACUAUAGUGUAGUACAGUGCAGCACAGCACAAGAUACAUACGGUGAACUGUACAUAAGUGUGUGUUAUACCUCAGGUAUUUUAUAUGAUUUAUGGGUAUUGUUUCUAACACUGAUUUUCCCUUAGGGUAUCAGGAUAAAAAUCAGCCCCUGGUGCAUUCAUCCAGCAACAAAUCCACCAGUGUUGUCACCAGGCUGUGUGGGGAGGAAGCUGAGGCACAGUGUACUGUUAUAUCAACUGAAGAAAACAAAAAUGGUGGACAAGACUUAAGUCAAAGUUUUAUGGCCACAAAAACAUUUGUUGAUGAUUUAGAAAGUAAAGAAAAAAGUUAUCACUCUGGGAAUUAUUUUGUCAAAGUGAACAGUGACACAAAAACCUGCAGAUUAAAAAGAGAUGACUUGUACAUGGAAGGAAAUAUACAAGUAAAUUAUGAACCAACACACAAGAGUAAUAAUAAACAAGUUCAGGCCAGGAAGAAAGAGACAUUAACAGGUUUAGGUGUUCACACAUUGACUGAAAGUACUGGCUCAAAAAACAAAGAAAUAUUGAAAGAAAAUCAGACUUGUGAAACAACGCUGAACAAAUGUGAGUAUAAACCAUGCGAGUGUCCUGAGUGUGGAAAAACAUUCAAUCAUGUUAGUAAUAUGAAGAGACACAGGUUGAUCCAUAGUGGUGAGAAACCACACGAGUGUCCUGAGUGUGGGAAAACAUUCAGUCAGGUUGGUGAUAUGAAGAGACACAGGUUGAUCCAUAGUGGUGAGAAACCACACGAGUGUCCUGAGUGUGGGAAAACAUUCAGUCAUGUUAGUAAUAUGAAGAGACACAGGUUGAUCCAUAGUGGUGAGAAACCACACGAGUGUCCUGAGUGUGGGAAAACAUUCAGUCAGGUUGGUGAUAUGAAGAGACACAGGUUGAUCCAUAGUGGUGAGAAACCACAUGAGUGUCCUGAGUGUGGGAAAACAUUCAAUCAGGUUGGUAGUAUGAAGACACACAGGUUGAUCCAUAGUGGUGAGAAACCACAUGAGUGUCCUGAGUGUGGGAAAACAUUCAAUCAGGUUGGUUAUAUGAAAAGACACAGGUUGAUCCAUAGUGGUGAGAAACCACAUGAGUGUCCUGAGUGUGGGAAAACAUUCAAUCGGGUUGGUAGUAUGAAGAGACACAGGUUGAUCCAUAGUGGUGAGAAAGCACAUGAGUGUCCUGAGUGUGGGAAAACAUUCAAUCGGGUUGGUAGUAUGAAGACACACAGGUUGAUCCAUAGUGGUGAGAAAGCACAUGAGUGUCCUGAGUGUGGGAAAACAUUCAAUCGGGUUGGUCAUAUGAAGAGACACAGGUUGAUCCAUAGUAGUGAGAAAGCUCGGUGUAUUACAUAGAAUAAAAGCCGAGAUGCGUCAUAGUUAUAACAUUAAUAGGCAAAGUUUGAGCUGCAGUGUAGAGUAAUUAUAGAAGUGUUUGAAUUUGAUGAUGCAGUAGUUAUGGUUCCUUAUAUAAUUGUAAAUAUGUCUGUACAGUUAGUAAACAAUAGAUUAAUAUUACUGGUGACAAGGAAACAAAAGAACCAAAGGAAGGGAUGAUGUCAACCUUCUGAAAUGUGUCAAGAUAAAAUUCUGUAUUUUUGGUGCAGUAAAUGACUAUGUGUUGUGGGUAGAAGACUUAGAGUAGAUCAGUAAAAGUUAUGAUAAAAACUAUUACUGUAAAGUGAAGGUUUGUUAAGGUCUUAUGUUGAUGUAGCUGAAGGAAAUGAUUUAUUUAUUAUCUUCUUCCUUCUCCUCCUCCCUCCCUCGUAUCUCCUCCUUGACGUCCUCCCUUCCUCCCCCUCCUCCUCCCUGACGUCC